AAGGGUGGGCUGUUACCGCAACCGAGCAGCCAGCAGUACGCCGCGGCGGCUGCAGCCGCUGCGGCCGCUUCCGCGACAAACGCGCAGGCGGCCUAUCCGCAGGCGGCCGCGCGGCUUAGUGCGCCGGCCGCACCGCAGCAAACCAUGCUGACGACCCGUCCGCCGCCACCGAUCAUGCCUCAGGCCGGCGCCUACCAGCAGUUCCUCCGUCCACAGAUGCCGGCCGCGGCAGCCGCCUUCGGGUCGAACCCGUACGCGGCGGCCGUCGCCCAGCAGCAGCUCAUGAACCAGGGCUUCAUGUACCCGGGCGCACCCUACUCGGUGGCGGCAGCCGCUGCCGGCGGCUACCACCAGUUCCCGAUGGCACAGGCAGGCAUUCCCUCCAACCUGACCGCCAUCCCGACGCCGGUACCGCAGGUGUCCGCUACACCGACCGCCGGCAGUGCCGUCGUGCUGAACCCGUACAAGAAGAUGAAAACCUCCUAAGCUGUUGGGUUGACUGUGUUUUUUUUUACCACACAAACCACGGCCGGCCUCUCAGCAAACGGAGGUGGAAGAGCGCUACAGCAUGUAUAGAGCCUUUGCAUGAAGAUGCGGCUGCGAUGAGUAUGCGGGGAAGGGGAGAUUAAGGGGAGGGAGAUUCAGAAUAAUACAAAUCUCCACAACCAAGGAGUAAACGGGGUUUGCUCGAUAAAGAUAAACAGAUUGCCAUAGGGAGGGUGAAUCCGGUGACGUACCAUUUUGCCGGUAGCAGAUUCAUCAUUAAAGAGAAAUACACCCCCACACACACACCAUGUUUAAUCUUUAAGAAAGUUUCUUGCCCUCUUAGAGGGCAGUGUCUUUUGUGUGUGCAUGUGUAUAUGUGUAUGUGUGUGUUGUGCGAGAGUGUGUGGGUACUAGUUUGAUCGGUAAAGCAAUGGGGACACGGGAAAGAUGCAUAAAUGAAUAAGGAAACAAUACUAAUUUUGUCCACAAAUGGUGACACACAAUACACUAUGCACACUCACACACACACACACAUACCAGUUAAUCAGUGCCUCUGUGAGCGAGAGUUGUGCAUCUUACUUUUUCACUAUCAGCAAAAGUGGCCCCGAACGGAGUGCCACGUCAGCCAGACAGACAAAGCACACGAAAUCAAAGCGCAAAUCAGUGCACACCAAUACCGACGCAAAGCGCGCGAUAGUGAAGGGGUAGAGAUAAGGUGAUCUCGAACGAAACAAAAACGAAAACAAAAAAACGAAAACUGGACGAUCGUGUCGGGUCGCGUGAUCUGUGCAAGAUCCUAAGAUCAUAAUGAAACAACUGUGAUAGCUUCACAUAAAUACCCACGCCGCUACCAAUUGCGUUGUGUGCCGCUUUGUGUGUGCGUGUGUAUAUUUUGGAGGAAAAACCUCCUUACACAAACACCAGUGCACACAACGCACGCUUGUCCUAGUUUUGCUUGCCAUCCCAAAACAAAAGCACAACCCCGCUCCCACUCGCGCUAAAGCUUGCCCCAUUGCCGGUUUGUUUUGCGAAUGCGCUGGCAUGAUGAUAAUGAAAGCGAAAGUUUGUCCUUAAAGUACUACCAAAAAUGAUUACCACACACACACAGCAAAUUGGAAUUUUAUGGCAACAGUUAACCGAUCACGAAUACGCGCACUCAAACAGUAGGGCUACACCAAUGAUUUGGCGCUUGAAUAGUGCACCGAGUUUUAACCGUUCUUUAGGAACCUUUCAUUAAUGCGCCUAAAGGUAUGCAAUGGGGUGGCGUAAAAUACAUUUCUAGUAGUAAUUAUUAUUAUUAUAGCAAAAUAUUAUGCCAUAAUGUGCUAGAUCAUAUUCUACCGAUACGGAUACAACCUAACAAUCACACUAAGCAAGGAAGCAGUAUAAAUUUAAACUGUAGAGACAACCGAUAUGCAUUACUUCAUCGGCGGUUGUUCGAGCGGUCAGAAGAUGAAAAUGAUAAUCAAACUAGUUUCGUUUACCUUUUGGUUUGUUAGCACCACAGGGAGUGAACGAACUGCAGUGCUGUUAAUCAUGUUUACCAAUUUUGAAAACGUAGUAGUCCCCUUGCCCAGUUUUGUCUAGUGUGUAGCGCGUAAGUCUAAGCAAAAUACCAAUUGAACCCAUCGUCCGUUUGACGUUUCAGAAACGUCUGUCGGUUCUGUUCCUUUUUUCUCGGUUCGGACGGAUUUGGUUAUUACAAAAUAUAGCAUAGGUUUCUAAGCGCACUAAUGUACUAAAUAAUUAUCGCUAGUGUAUUUCGUUGUGUUUGUGUUGCGUUUCGUGUGCGAGUUCCUCCGGCAAAGGGGGGUUAAUUUAAUGUGGAUGAUUUCAUGUUUUUGCUUUGUUUCCCUGCAAUUAGUCGCAAAAUGUGCAAACAAAUGAACAAUCCAAAAUGGCUUUUGUUCGUUGAUUUGUGAUAAGGGAUUUAUAAAACAUGUUGAUUGUUUUGUGUUACGUCGUUACGUGCACUAGCGCGUUCGAUUCAUUUUUCUUGUCUCUAUGUUAGUUGUUUCCUGUAUUUUGUGUUACAGUUAGUGUACCAUAUUUAAACGUACUAUAACAAUCAAAUCGACAGUUAUCACGCUACUACUGCACGAUUACUUUUCAAUGAUGGAGAACAAUUGACAAUUUUAACAUAGUCGCCUUCGGAAAAGAAUUCACCAGUAUGAAAAUACCCAACGGUUGUGCCAGAAGCGAAUGACGAUAAAAUGGGGGCACACCAGAGUGCUGCUAAUUUAUCCAGCGUCACUCCUACACAGCACGCCCGGCUCCCAUGGCCUAUCGAGUAACAUCGUGUGUCAAACAUAAUUUAAUAAAAAAAAAUAUUGCAUCGAAGUAUUCUCUCCAAAAGGUGUGAAAAUUCCUACUUCAUAUUCACUCACUUUAUUUCCUCUCUCUCUCUCUCUCUCCGUGUGUGUGUGUUUAUAAGUGUGGAAUCGUUACUGUAGAGAAUGAUGCAAUAAAAAAAACCAUUCAAAGUGCGAAAUAUUGAUACAGUUACAAUCACUUCUAUCAUAAUUACCAUCACUAGCACAGCAACUACUACUACUACUACUACUACUACUUCUACUGCUGCCGCUGCUGCUGCUGCUGCAGUUGCUGGAGCAACUGCUACGUCAACUAUUACCAGACAAAGUACUACUUUUACCGCUAGCUUUAGAGUACAAGUUUGUGUAAUUUGAGUAUAAUUCGUACUUUAUAAAAACAAACAAACUACAGCAUAUUAAGAGAAAAUUACAGCGAGUGUGUUGAUUUUGUGUUUUAUUUCCUCUCUAUAAUUAUUCGUGUAAGAAUUUGCAACUGCGUGAAUUAUCUGUAAUGGUUGCUGCGUACGUACUGUCUCUCUCUCUCUCUCUCUCUCUCUCUCUCUUUCUCUUACACACACACAAAUACAUUCACUGUCGUCGGCUGUCAAACAUUAAAAAAAAAUACACACACAGCAAAUAAGCAUUAUAUUAUCUUGUGCACUUGGUGGAGUAAUUUAGUAGGAAGUCUUAUCCCUAAAUUAAACAAACCUUAUACCGACAUUUCCCUCUCACACACCCUUCAAACCUACCUCGGUUGCAUCCAUAUUGCGAUCAGGGCUCUCGUGAGCCUUAAUACACAAUACACACUUCAAAAUGAUUUUUGAAAAACAAAAGACAACAUACACUCGCACUUCAGAUAAUAAUAAGCAAACCUUCACCAUCACUAGUGCUACUGCUAGCGAAUGGAAACCUGUAACCGCUUCUUAUGUUUCAUGGGGUGUAACUAAACCUGGACAUAGAACUAAAAUUUUAAAAAAAUGGCCACCAUUAUACAUAAAGUAGAAAAAAACCAAACUCGAAAUAGAAGUAAACAGAAAAAACAAUGUGGCUAAUAGAUGCAACAACAACUCAAGGAAAACACGCUACGACAAAUGUGGGGACAAACGCUUCUUCUUCCGUUUUUCGAUGCUUUUCCGGCUUCAGACACACAGUCAAAAUGGGCGUUCUUUACUAAAUGGUAUCCUUUUCCCGCAUUUAACGAAAAUUUAACGUUUAACAAUGAAACAUUGUACUUCUAGAUUUUUUUUGUAGUAACGGCUGCAUCAGUUAGACUUUUUAUGUAUUUUUUCGCAAUAUCCUUGUCCUUAAUUGUACUUCUAUGUGUAGAGCUCUCGAUAAACGAUAGAAAUUUCACUUCUGAAAAAUGCUUUUAUGGUUAUUUGUGCAAUUCAAUUUUAUACAUCAAAGACUGCUUCUCCCAAUACAGUUAUUAAUAUUGCUAUUUCCUCCGGUACUUCCUUUGCCACAAUCAACCUCACAAUAUUUACAAACAACCUUUUCCUAGUCUCUUGCCUAAUACUUACCUAAUUAACUAUUCUAAUGAUACUAUUUUUAUCACUGAUACAUCUACUACUUUCCUGUAUACUCUGCACUACACACUCACAAAAUUUUGCCCUCACCUAUAUAUUUGUGUGACUUUCGACUAGCCAUCAUUAUAUGUUGGUGACUAGACGAUGCCACAGCGCAAACCACCAUCCGAAAUGUUUCAAAUUAAUCUGUUCAACACUUCUACCACGCUACUACUUCUUCUACUAUUUACUCCAAUAGUUACUAAUUAUACAGCAACUUACGCGCAUACCUAUGUACCCUUUUUUGCAUGAUAACUGUGUAAUUUUAGCCAGCAAGCAAACAGAAUCAAUUUAAAAAAAAAAACAAUUCUAUAGAAGCUAAAUGUCAUUUGAAGCCCAUGUUGCCGCCCACCUCUUUUUUGUUCUCUAGACAAAAACACAAAACAUCUCAAACGUAAGCCAAACUCGAUGUACGAUUUGAACGCCUUGCGCCUGUAUUCCGUUUUAUUUUUCCUUCUCUUCUGUUCGCGAUGAAAAUCCUUUCCCCGUUUUAAAUACUUUGGUUUUACGCGUACGCCUACAACUACACAAACACUAACCCCACUACAUGCUCCCACCCAAAUAGUGUACGAUUCUUUAGUUUAGCCUACCCCGAAUGCUAUUGCUGUGUAUGCCAUUUAAACAAACAAAACCAAUGCCAAAACCGUACCAUUAGUCGCGCGUGAAUGAAACUGGGAGAGGGAUUGGCCCGGGGGGCAAGGGAAAAUGGUGUGCAACUAAGUGUAAUUGCAAGUAAUUCAAUGUACUGAAAGGUUGAAACUUCUUCGUUUUUUUUUUUUUAAUCGCCGUAUCAUACUGCUCAACUGUGUUCAAUGCAUCGUCUGGCUACGUAAUUAGACGUACGAUUUUAGUUCGCCUACAUCUCCACAGCACACAUUUUUUUUUUUUAGCACAAACAUCUUUGUUUCGACUGCUUUGUAGUUAUCACUUUCAUUUUGUUUGUUUCAUGUAUUUACCUUUUUUACUUGCUGCCAUUUCGCUAUUGUUUUGGAAACGUAUUUUAAUUUAAAAACUUUGAGUUUGUCCAAUCAAGCUCGCUUCUUUUGCUGUCCCAUGCACAUAGAUUUCGUUUCGAAAAUAUCAAAUUUAAGUUACGUUUUUCUUUUCUUACUUAAUAUUAAAUUUCAAUUAAUUUCUUGCAUAUUUACGAUGUUUUUGUAUUGCUAUUUAGUAUAAACCAUUACGCUUUCAAGAUCUGUACCGCUUACCAUGUGCCAUUUUUUUUAGAUCGUAAGGCUGGCUAGGGUUUUGGGAGCCUCUCUGGUAGCAAUGGUUGAAUUUUGUCACAUUUUUAAUUCUGCAGCAUGUUUACCACACUUCGCCGCCAUUCAUCUAUCAUCUGCAAACGUGUAUUUUUAAACAAAAAAAAAACAAACAUGAUAAAUUGGAUACCUUGCAAGCAAAACCCGUAAAAUAAAAACGUUCCUAUAAUGAUGCUUUUGAAUCUGCAAUACGUAUAAUAAAUGUAAUAAAAAUUCACUUCAGCAAAAAAAA